GACUCGCGCUGUGUGACACUGUGCGAUUCACAGGUAAACAAACCCCUUCUAGCGUGGCUCCCCGGACCUUUAACAACAACGUAAACACUCCCCGGGUUGGCUGAGUCACGCCUGGUUUAGACGUGGGCAACAUAAGUAUUUUGGCUGAAAGAGGGGGAGUCCGUCGAUGGAAAGUUAAACAUGAUACUUGGGUCCGCUGCUCGGUGAGUUUGUUACGAGUUGUGGUCAGAAAACGUAACGGUGAGCUAACAGGCUAACGGGACGCCGCCGCAGCAGCUAACACUAGUGGUCAAGUAAUGCAAUACACUUAAGACGGUUAUGCAGCUUACUAAAUGGCGAUAAAUGAAUUAUCAUGACCUGUUGCUGCUUGGACAUAUAAAAGCUUGAUAAAUUGGGCUUGUAAAUUAGCCUUUGAGCGAAGACCCCGUCCUCCGUAGUGACAGCUAGCGGUGCUGCUCCCCGGUACACCUGUUGCAUGCUCGUGCUGUUUUAUUACGUUUUCUGUUUAAAAGUUGUUAGUUUGGCCACGUUUGGAUAGAACACAUUUAAACAUGGGUCAGGCAUAAUUAGCCCUAAUUUGCCGUUGGAAUGCAUAUGCAAUUAACCAUUACGUCAUGCAUGUAUCCAUACAAACUAGUUAAUACUUCCCAUAGACAAAGCUCGCACCGUUUAACACAUCUGCCUUGCUCAUUACUGCAUUAAACUAAUUCAUUUUGAAUGUGCUUGCUUUCCUAAAACUCCUCCGAGUCCUGCCCUCAUCUCUUUUCCUUUAACAUAAAUUAUCGCCUGCUCUCUCAAACAUUUGAAUGCAGCUAUAACUCUUUCUCCUGUUCUCUCGCACCUCUUCAGUGACCUCGGGUGAUAGCUGCAUGUCUGAUAACCAACUGUCGCCCACUCGCACGACCCUCUCAUUUCCGAUUGCAUGGCCCCUCUGUAGAAAUCCACACGCCUUGCCGUUCCUCGCAUGUUGUGCCGUGAGCUGGUCAUGAUGAGGGCGGACAGGGAUAACCCUCCAACACUGUCGUCCAAGAAGCCGCGCCGGGUCCAGACGGACUGCCGACUGGAGCUAGGGAGGCUGCGGGCUGACUGGGAAGCUGAGAAGAAGCAGACCCGGCAGGCCCGUGGACCCCUCUCUGUGGAGCGCCGGCGCCCCCUGCACGAAGCGGAGCAGGAUCAGCAGCAGGCUGUGAGGGGGCCGGCGGCGAGGCAAAGGGGCCGAAAGGACAGGCCCUCCAACGAAACCCAAGGUCCAACGCGCGGGAAGGUGGACGCCAAAUACGGCGCACCAUGCGUCGGAAUUAAGUCCACGGAGAAAGAGUUUUUAGGUCUGUGCAGUGGAGAAACCUACAGAAAGCUUGAUCAUUUGCUGCUGACGCUGUACGAGAAGCUAAAGGGCGAGCAGGCGGUCCGCAAGCUGUGUCACAGGCAGGAAUUUGAGCUGGAAAAGGCCGUCUUCCUCUGCCACCUGCUUGAGGCCCAUGGGAGAGUGCUGCAGGGGAGGCAGAGGGCAGGACACCCCAGCUACAUUUCUAACGGUCUCUCAGGAAAACCUGCUCAGGAAGACUGCAGUAACAGGGUGACCUACUCCGGGGCCUUGCCACACGGGGCCCAGGCGCCUUCCCGCUCGGCCAAUAGGGAAAUCGAACCAGCUGGGAGAGAGCAGCCUUUAGGGGGGGCCCUGUGUGCCGCAGACCCCCGCACCACCGCUGCAGUCGUGAACACCUGUCGGAGUGGCCUCCUGGAUAUUUGUCACCCUGACGACGCUCCCCAUGCCGGCUGGGACGACGGCCCCCCCCACUGCGCUGAGUCCUCCAAAUGCAUGGACGGAAACAUGGAGAAUGGCACAGACUGUGGUUUCCUGGUGCGUCAGAACUCUGAGCUCCAGCGAGGCCUCGACGAGUUGGAAAAAACUUGUGCCACACUGAGGGAGGAGAAUGGCCUGCUGCGGAAGAGCAGUGCCCCAGGGACCGAGGAGAAGGUCAGGAGGCUGAGGAGGAAGAACACGGAGCUGUCUGUUCUCGCCAAGAGGCUGGAGGAGAGAGCUCGGAAACUGCAGGAGGCCAACCUCAGAGUGGUAAACUCCCCGUCGCUGCUGAGGCCCGGGUCCGUGGAGCAGUGCAAGAGGGCGUUUGCCCGCCAGCGAGCUCGUGACCUCGCCCAGCACGCCGACCUGCUGCUGUCUAAGGACAAAGAGAUCGCCGCCCUGCAGCAAGAGUGCCGAGAGCUGGAGGCUCGGCAGGGCACCGCCAAGGGCUCCCCAGUUCCAUCUGGCAAAGUGGAAUUUGAGAGACUUCUCAGGGAGUCUCAGAGGGAGGUGCUGCGGCUCCAGAGGCAGCUGUCUGUCACGUCAUCCAAACAGCACCGCGACCACAGUCCUUACCACGCUGGCUCAGAGAAGUGUGGGGACAUCGAGGAGGAGGAGGAGGAGGAGGAAGAAGAGGAGGACAAGGUUGUAGGAGAGACCCCUCAGGUGGCAUUAAAUGAAGCUCCAUCCAGGUGUGCGAAGACUCCCGAAGAGGCGGAGGAGUCGGGGCUGCGAGUAACGCCCCAACCGGGUCUAAGCCUGCCCCCCUCCCGUCAGGAGGAACACACAGAGGAGCAGCACCUACAGUUUCUGGAAAGUGAGCUGAGCAAGAAGAGAAAAGAAUGUGAAAACCUUGAGCAUGAAGUAAAGAAGCGACAGAAGAGAUGUCUGGAUUUGGAGAACCAGCUUGAGGAUGAGCAAGGAAAAAAUGAGCAACUAAAGGAGGAGGCAGAUCUCCUCAGGAGGAAGGCACAGCUGCUCGACCAGACUCGGGCUGAGAAUGAGGAGCUGAGGGAAGAUCUCUCUGAAGUGACCGCUCAACACAAUUCAGUUCUCGAGGAGAACCAGAGACUCCGUGCCAAACUGGAGAACCUAGAGCAGGUCAUAAAGCAUAUGCGAGAGGUCGCCGAGCGAAGGCAGCAGCUGGAAUUGGAACAUGAGCAGGCACUGGCUAUCCUUAAGUUCAAACAGGAUGAAAUCAAACGGCUACACCGGGCUCAGUUAUACGCCAAGAGGGAGCAUGAAGGGGUGGUUCAGGUUCUGGAGAGUACACUGGACUGCAUGCAGUCGAAGGUACGAGACCUGGAGGACAAAUGUCGCAGCCAGACCGAACAGUUUGGUGCCCUCUCCCAAGAGUUGGAGAAGUUUCGACUGCAGGCCUCCAAGGUGGACCUGGCCGGCGCCAGCCUCCUUAACAAUCCCAGCCUCUCUGUUCUGACCAACGGGUUGGGCCUGACUGCAGAGCGAGACUGCACUGGUGGCUCAUGGGACAUGGUGUCUCUGGGUGAAAUAGCCUUCUGGAGUCUCGAGGGAGGUGACACUCUCUCCUGCCCCGAGGAUUUGGCCGCUGCGCUGCGGCUGGGGGCCACCCCCCACGCCGCGGGGCUGUCCAGGGUGGAGCGCUCGCCCGUCACCAAGCACCGAGAGCUGCCCACCAUCAGCGUCAGCAAGUCAGGCUCUUCCUCCAGCAAGUCCGAGACCGCCCACCUCAGCACCAAGUCCGACACGCACCUCAGUCCUCACAAAUCAAGCCCCACACAUGAGGUGGACACUGCCAGUGAAGUGGAGGAGCUGGACAUUGACGUAGCUCCUGUACCUUACACAGCCAGCAGAGGAGCAGCCAAGCUUCAAGUUCUUAUUGCACGAUACAGCUAUAAUCCAUACGAUGGCCCCAAUGACAACCCCGAGGUGGAGCUUCCACUCACAGCUGGAGAAUACAUCUAUGUGUACGGAGACAUGGACAACGACGGCUUCUAUGAAGGUGAGCUGAUGGAUGGGCGGAGAGGGCUGGUCCCCUCUAACUUUGUGGAACGUGUGUCGGACGACGAUGUCAUGAGCAGUCACCAUCCAGAGACUGGGGACGUGUCCCACAACUCCCUGCUAGACAGCAGCCUGCACAGUGGCAGCCACCAGCAUCGACUCCACGUGGGCGCCAGCGCCUCAGAAAGGCCGGAGGCCGCCGCCGCCUCCGGCCUUGCCUCAGCCCCCUCGGAUCCAGCAUCGGCCUUGGCUGUCUCAGCCCCCAUCACCAACGGCCUGGACUUGGAUUUGGAAGAGGUGGGAGUGGACAUUGUGCCUUACCCACGUAGGCUCACCCUCAUCAAGCAGCUCGCCAAAAGCAUCAUCAUCGGCUGGGACCCCCCGUUGGUGCCGGCCGGGUGGGGCAAUGUGUGGAGCUACAAUGUGUACGUGGACCAGGAGCUGCGGCUCAAUGUGCCCUUCGGUGCCCAGACCAAAGCGGUGCUGGAGCGGUUGGACAUAAACCUCAAGGCCUACCGCGUGUCAGUGCAAAGCCUGACUGAGAAGGGCCCCUCGGACCAGCUGCGCUGCAGCAUGCUGGUCGGUCGGGACGUUUGUGUGGCGCCCACGCAGCUGCGGGCGGAGAGGAUUACAGCCACCUCUGCCAACCUGACCUGGCUGCCCAGCAACAGUAACUAUGUGCACAUUGUGUCCUUGAACGAGGAGGAGUGUGAGCUGGUGAAGGCUGGCUGCAGCUCGCUGUGCCUCAAUAACCUUUUACCCAGCCUGCAGUACUCGGUCAAAGUGGAGGCACGGCCGCAUCGCACGCCGUGGGAGUUACCCGCGGAGCGCCGCGAACACAGGAGCGCCUCCAUCACCUUCACCACACUGAUGGCAGGCCCCCCGGAUGCCCCUCUGGAUGUCCAGCUGGAGCACGGCCCCUCCCCGGGCAUUGCCCUCAUCAGCUGGCUGCCAGUCACCAUCGACGCUGCCGGGACCUCCAACGGAGUCCGUGUCACUGGAUACACUAUAUAUGCUGACAAGAAGAAGGUGCUGGAGGUGUCUUCCCCUACGGCCGGCAGUGCCCUGCUGGGCCCCUCUCAGAUGCAGUCCCUGCUGGCCGCUCACGAGCUCACUCUCCGCACCAUGUCCGCCCACGGGGAGUCCUGCGACUCUCUGCCAGUCCAUGUGCCCUCCAAGCUGGCCUCCAUCAUGGCCGGUCCAUCCACCACUGCCCCGCAGCCCCACCACCUCAGUCACCUUCCCUCGCCACCGCCCAGCGCUCUGCCAUCAGACACAAACAUCCCCGGCCUCGCAGUGAGAGCCGCUGCCAACCCUCCUCAAGCUCCGGACCCAGAUGACCUUCUCCUAUCGGCUGCAUAUGUGAAUGCCUGGGCCAAUCCCUCUUCUGCUGCGGCGUUGGCUGUGCGUGAGGCCACACUACCGGCAGCCUCCAGCAUUCCUCUGGAGGUAACAGUGCCCUCACCCAUCAUCUCACCACCUCAAGUAGCUGCACCGGUAGUAGUAGUAGCAGCAGGAGCAGCAGCGUUGGAGCAGCACAGAGACACCAACAGCCCCGGAAUCAUACGGCCCUUCCCAUCCAUGGUGGAGUUCAUCGAGGAGGCCGAGGCCCCGCUCAGGAACGCCGAGCACAUCCCUCCCCCACCCAAAGCCCCACUCACAGACUUCCUUAAUCCUCCGAACAUUAACCUUCACCGCCCUCCGAGCAGCUCACCCCUGGAGUCCGAAGCAGAGGAGGAGCAAGAGAAUUCCCGCUUGGUUUCCAUGGAGGAUUUCUUGAGACACGACCCAGAGCCAGACUACUGUACGACGCAGCAGAGUUACAGCAGAGGGCUCGUGGAGCCUCCCAGUGACUACCACGCAGAGAACAGUCGUUCAGACCUGUCUGACAUCCUGGAAGAGGAGGAGGAGGAACUUUACUCUGACCACCUUAGAGAAGCACAGGACCGGGGCUACAUAUUCAGAGCCAACAGGGAGCCCAGCCAAAUCCCUCCAGCAGAGGCCGGCCCAUCGCAGGCCAGGCAACUCAAAGGUGAUCCACCAAAGAUCAAAAGAGACGGCAAUGUGCGGAUCUUUGUGGCCCUCUUUCCUUAUGAUCCUGCCACUAUGUCACCCAAUCCUGAUGCUGCUGAGGAGGAACUGCCCUUCACUGAGGGACAGAUCAUCAAAGUUUAUGGAGAUAAAGACGCAGACGGGUUCUACCGAGGGGAGAGCAACAGUCGUCUGGGCUACGUGCCAUGUAACAUGGUGUCUGAGAUCCAGGUGGAGGACGAGGAGACCCGGCAGCAGCUGCUGCGGCAGGGCUUCUUGUCCACAGCGGCCUCCAUGGAGAAGAUAGGCAGUCGCACACACGCACAGCUUCCGCGUCGCCCUGUUCCACCGGCCAAACCGAGACGAACCAAGAAAGUGGAGUCUGCCGCGCUCUGCGAGGAGAGCGUAGACUCCCCCGGCCAAGAUCCCAAGCAGACGGCUCCUGCUGCGGCCGCUGUGGGGAAACCGGCCCCUGGAGCUCGCAGGAUGCUCGCCAUCUUUGAUUAUGAUCCACGAGAGAGCUCCCCCAACACUGACAUAGAGGCUGAGCUGACCUUCAGUGCUGGAGACAUCAUCCUCGUGUUUGGUGACAUGGACGAGGAUGGCUUCUUCUACGGAGACUUGAAUGGACUUAGCGGCUUGGUGCCCUCCAACUUCCUGCAGGCCGUACCAGAGGAUGCUCCAGCCACCGCUGUGUCUGCUCAUCCUGCACCAGAACCCAGGAGAGAAUCCCAGGGUACCCGGACGACCUCCACAGAGCCACAAGGUCCUGGGCCGUCCACCCUAGACGAGGUUGCUCACCCCCAAACAGCAACUCAUGUCCCCGAACCAACCGAGCACACAGACCCGUCCCCCAAACCGUCCUCCACCACAAGCCCCCCGUCGGAGCUGGACCCUGCUCCGGGUCCUGCAGCAUUGGAGGCCAGCUGCUCCCCCCCGGCCACCCCACCAGCAGACAGCCCGGCGCAGACCGACUGCUCUGCGCCGGGCAAGAAGAAGAAAGGCUUUUUCUCCAAAGGCAAGAAGCUGUUCAGAAAGCUGGGAUCCAGCAAGAGAGACUGAGUCAGCAGAAGUGACUCUGAAUAGCCGCGUCACAUUUAAAGGACUUUUUCUAUCUUCACUGUUGGUCUCGGUCGGUAGCCGGUGCUGUUGGGGCCCAUCGGAUCUAAUAACUGAUGCUUCCACCGUCAGUAAUUGUACAUUUGCCUUAGCGCACUGCUAGAAGCUGGUGAAUACUCGAGUACAUGAUGAAACUGCUUACAGCGUCACACAAGCAUGUCGAAGUGCAUGUUGAAGUGUGCAAACACAAAUAUAUUCUCCAGAUACUACCUAACUAAGCAUUUGCUAAAUUUAAACUCUGCAGGCUUUGACGAUGAAUGCAAGUCACUGUCUUUUGACGCGUCUGUUAUAUGUAGAACAACUAGGUACAGAACAUUGUUGAACAGCACACCAGACUUCAGCCCAACUCGGACACGGCUGGUAAUAUAGUAGCUCUAAUGUUCAUGUUCUCGAGCCAUUUUUAUUUGAAGCAAAUGAACAAAAGCAGUCGUCUGUGUCCUGUGAGUAUGAAGAAUGCAGAUAGGACGCAUUUCUAACACCUGCUUGUCCCCUCAUGUGUUUCUCGUUUUUAAGUAUUUAUACAAUGCAGUACAUAAUAUGCUAUUUAUUUCUUAUCCGACUCUUGCCCCAACCAUCCCCACAUUGCAUGAUGUGACAUCGGGGCAGGAGGUUAAGUCCUUCAGAGCUGCCACAGACGCUGAGGAUCCACUUUGUUGUCUAGUUUAGAUCAAAUUAGUUAAGGGGUUUUGAGGUUGACAGUAGAGAUUGUUUACGUAAGGUAAAGAAUGUGGAGGGUCGCCCUUCUUUGUUGUUUUGUUGUGUGUGUGUGUGCGUGUGUGUCCAUAAAUGAGACUGAACAAGAUGCCUUUCUCAGACAUCGUCACAGGAACUCUAGAGAGAGAAAAUAGUGCUCCAAAUCCUAAUCUGUUAUCAAAUGAAUUGCCAAACUAAUUUCUCUCCAAUGACUGAUGCAGUGGCUUCAAAGCCCCACCCCGAUUGUCAAAAUGAAGACCGUUGCAACAGUCUGUAACCCACUUUGUGUGUAAAGCACCCUGUCCCCAGUUAGUUUGAUUACAGAUUAUAGAUGUGUGAUGAUGGACAGACAGACGACAGAUUUGAGGUUGCAAAAAUAUUCAAACCACGUUGAUAAAACAUUCUGAGCCAUAGCACUGUCAAAGGAGUAUUUAAAUAGUUCAUUUUCAUGGCAUUUGUCUUAUUAUUGUUCCAUUUUAGAGGGAUAAUCGUGCCCUAAUGUUUUGAACUACAUUUCCAGGAUUUUAAGGGCUUGUGGGGAUGUGAGCAUGUAUAAUAAUCACAUGGUCCCAGAAUUAGCUGUGAGCCGCAAAUUAAUCCCUAUUAUGUAUCCUAUAUUUUUACCAAAUUGCCACCUUUAAAAAUGUACCGAAUGAUCGAACAGCACUUGUUUUGCAGCGUUUCCACAAAUGUACACAAAAUGUAUGUCUGGAUUACUUUAAUGAAAACAAGGGGGUCCCCAGGCAAGUUAUGGAGGCGAUUUGUUGAUGAUUUUCAAGUGGACAAACUGCCGGAGUCUUUUGUAAGCUGAUCUUUAAGUAUUUGAUCUCCAGAUGAAGUGUCCUAAACACUAGUUAUGUUUCAUGAACUUUUGGGAGUGUGUGUGUGUUGAGUCAGACACAAAGUUCAUCGUGUCCACACAUCAGCAUCUGAAUAUGUCCAAUUGUUUAGUUUAAAUGAUAUACAACUUUAGCAAUACUGCGCUUCGUGCUCUGCAAUACUAGAACAAAACCCGAAGCGUUUUGUAUAUUGUGACGGCUUUACUCUCAUUAAGAGGUAUUGGGGGUGUUCAGUGUCGGCGGACCAGGCCUCGGCAGUGAGCGUUUAGCACAUCCUGGUUGAGUCUGUUCUGUGCACCACGGGGCGGCUGGGUAACUUCUCAGGUUUUCACUAGUAGCCACCUGUUGACUCUGACUGUCAAAAACUGAAAUAUGCCAAAAUCGUAGGUGCUUCGCCUGUUACCACAGUGACGAGAGGCCUAGCAUCCGGCAGCAGUGUGUGUGUGUGUGUGGGGGGGGGGGGGGGGGGCCUUGUGGGGGCCAAUCUGGGUCAAAGUGCGAAGCUUGGUUUUUUUUAAAGGUCAGAUCUGAUCUGACGUGGCCACACCUAAUGACACAAGUUGGAGUGCAAAUUCUUUUUUUUUUUUAAAUCUAUUUAAUGUCCAGAAAUGUUUUGUCGGUGUUGCAAAAAGGGAGCAUGACGAUGCCAAGAGCAAAAGGGGGUGUGAAUCAACAAAGACACUUUAGAUGUGAGAUAGCCGGGAUAGAGGCAAGACUGAGACUGUGCUGUAUGUAUAAUUUAUUCAUUCUCCUCUCCUUUGUUCUUUUCUCUUUUUCUUUUGUAAAGAGGUUUAAAUGCUCAAAAGUUGCCGAAAUGUACAGCAAAUAUUUGUACCGCUCUUGUAUUUGACGGCCUUCAAUGAACAGGUAUUCCUCUACCUGCUGUGCAGUGAGUAGGCGGCUGUUGACUGAAUAGGACCUAGACACCCACAUUGGUAGUAUUUUAGCUAUUCAUAUUUAGCCUUACAAGAAUACCUUGUUUAGUCUUAAUAUGUUGUUUACAGGAUGUUCAUUGACUGCAUGCAUACCAAUGUCGUACCCAUGUUCGGCCUUAAUAUGUUACUGUCAUAUUUGUGUUUUUCCAGGGCAGACUACAAUAUUAUAUUUGUAGAUUGUCAAUGCAGUGGAAGAGAAGCAAUGUGUGUAAAUAAUGAAGUGUUUUCAUACAGCGCGGGAAACCUUUUUCUUUUCUUUUUUUUCCUGACCUGCAUUCAUUGUUUUAAAGUGGAAGAUUUACCGUUUUUAUAUAUUCAGGUUUUUAUUACCCUUUUGGAAACUCGCAUGUAAAUAUUUUUGUUAAUAUUGUUUUUCAUAAUUUUUUGUUGUUUUUGCACGUUUAUGGAGAAAAGGUAACUGAAGAUGUAGUACGCAGAGGACUUGAAACUGACUGUUUUGUUUCAAUAUGGAUCUUUUUAUAGGAAUAAAGUAUGUAUAUUUUCACAGAAAACAAAGUGUGGCGUUCCUGGAAAACAGUUGGCACAAAGUACUUUUACCUUCUUUUUUUUGUUUGUUUUUUAUUGCAUUUCACACAGAUUACAUUUACAUGAUUAACUCCUCCUGUGUUUUCUCUGGACAGUGGAACCCGGUGAAUUGUAAAAUGGAGGAAAGGGUUGCGCGCUUUGCUCGGCGCUGCACGCCGCCCACGUGAACCGACGUGGCGACACUGUGGGCGACGCGAGGCUUCGUGAGACAAAGCGGCUUCCUCUUUUGUGACUUCCUGCGCGGGGCUCCACGCGGCGGCCUUCUCU